CACGAACGUUCUUUAGUCCUGCCCAUCCUCUCCUUAUAUAUAGUUGAGCUCUGGGGAGUGCAGUGAACAGCAACACACGAGCUGAACAGGCGAGAGCUGCCAGAGAUCUUCCUAUCCAAGUACAAAACUGCAUCUCCUGUCUCUUCGCUUCGCAGAGAUCAUUACUUCUCUUGUCUCUCGGGUUUGAAGUGUCACCCUUACACUUGUGUGAGAAGCAGCGCCGGUCCCGUUGAAAGGGUUCUGUGGCGAAAGCAGGAAAGCAUGAAGAUCCUCGUAGCCUUUGCUGUCAUUAUGUUGGUUUCAGCGCAAGUGUUUGCGGCAGAAAUAGGACUUAACGAAGAGCCGGAUUGGUACAACGACCAAAUUCAGGAGGAUCUCCCGGUGUUUGAAAAUUUUCUACAAAGGAUCGCAAGGAAACCAAGUCCAGACAGAUUCUAUGGGUUAAUGGGAAAAAGGAAUAAUGGAUUUGGACAGAUAUCCCGCAAAAGAUUUGGUCCGAUAUCCCGCAAACGGUAUAAAUCAGAUUCCUUUUAUGGACUAAUGGGCAAAAGAUCUUUAUUGUCUGGAUCAGCAGAAAGAAACACGAUACAUAACUAUGAAAGAAGACGCAAAUGAAUUAUCCUCCCCGGUUGCAUUGGCCAGGCUUCAUUCACUAAGACAGAAGAUGAAGUGUAAUAUACUAUAUCCAGUGUAAAAUGAAUAUCUAUUUAUUUUAAGAUUGAUUGUUUUAGCUUGUAUAUUCAAUAAAUUUAUUAUUUUUAAUAGUGUGGCAAUGAUACUUGUUACAUACGUGUGCUGUGGUUUUCAAACUAUGUACAAGAGGUGAACGUUUCUGGGGUGAGCUACCGUAGACGAAUGAGGCAGUAUAAUUGCUCUGUAGGGGUAAAGUUUCUGUAGACUUUUAAUGUGGAGUGCGAUAGAACUCUAUUCAGUUUACAAGGUUGUCUACUACUUAAAGGGAUUUCCAACGUUUUUUUUCCUAGUUAGAUCGGUUGAUUUAAGAUGGGGUAAUAUUCCCUUUAGUGCUCUGUAGGGGUAGAGUUUCUGUAGAAUGCCAUUGUGAUAUUUGAUGGAACUCUUUUAUUCUAUAAGUGGGUUGUCACAGGUUCUCUUCCCAAGGGACACUCCAUUUAAAGAUUUUUUUUUGGGUUGGUUGAAGUAAGAUGGGAAAAUAUUCCCUUUAGUGCUCUUUAGGGGUAGAGUUUCUGUAGACUGCCAUUGUGAUAUUUGAUGGAACUCUUUUAAUCUAUAAGUUGGUUUUGUCGCAGGUUGUCUACCCCUUAAAGGAACACUCCACUCAAAUAUUUUUUUUUGGGUUGGCUGAAGUAAGAUGGGGUAAUAUUCCCUUUAGUGCUCUAUAGGGGUAGAAUUUCUGUAGACUACCAUUGUGAUAUUUGAUGGAACUCUUUUAAUCUAUAAGUUGGUUUUAUCGCAGUUUGUCUACCCCUUAAAGCAGGGGUCUCCAAACUUUUCACACAGAGGGCCAGUCUUCUGUCCUUCAGACUUUGGGAGGGCCGGAUUGUGGCCAGCAGGGGUGGAAAAUGUCCCGAACCCAGCAUCAGUGAG